GGGAGGGGCACGCAAGGUGGAAGUUUCGCCUAUGGUGCGAAACAUCCUUGCACCAGCCCUGGAUUUAAUUAACAAAUGAUGGAGAGAAACUGAGUCCUGGAAGAGGGAAAACAAACCAGGCUCCAAAGACUCACUCCCCUCCCAACAGUUACACAUGGUGGACAGGAGGGAGAGCCAUGCUCUGCUUGUUCUGGGUCUGACCCUUGUGAGGUUGAGGAUCUCCUCUAGGGAACUCGGUGCCCUGAAACAAGGUCUCCACCAUCUUUCUCACACACACACAAAUACUUAUGGGAGGAGCAGGGCUGUUGUAUCGUUUAGCAUUGUCCAGGCUGGGAUAAGAACAAUCUGCUGUCACUGCCCAGGGUAUUAGCAUUCAGAGAUGGGAUUAUAUGGAGCUGAGAGAGCGGGAGUAUUGAAAAGAGCAAUAACCCCAUUUCUGGGAGGGAUUAGAACCAGAGAACAAUCCAGGCUACAUGAAAUGCACAGGCCUAAGGCAGAGACAGCCUAAUAGCAGGGAGCUUCAGGGCAGGACUGAGGGACAUUGGCAGAGCUGUGUGGGAAGCCCAGGACAGAAAUACAAGUGUAAUAUAAUGAUUGGGUCACUGUUCCAUACACAGCCAUUGGCUCUCAGACUCUGUUCAGUCAGCGCUGCUGUGUAUGGUUAAUCUCAUCUCAGUGAGCUUUGGAGGAUGAGAAGGUUGAGCUGAUGCUACCACACCUUUUACACUCUAAUGACAUUGAGGAGUUGCUCUGAUGCAUAUCUACUGAAACCAAUUGUUCAUUCCCCACCACGCCUGGCAACAUCCUAUCUUGUUUUAUCCAUUACUCUCACUUUAUGACCAGGAGCUGAGAGAAAAAAAAUCAAUGUGUGUGUUUCAGGUUCCCGCUCUCCAUCCAUUGGCAGUGUCACAUCUCUCCUAUAUAAUUUCUUUCCUGUAUUCAGAGAGGACUUGGAAACCGCUUGUGGGACAGAUUGUUCUCACCAGCCUCCAUAGUCCUAUCUGAGGUGACCAGGCACUGCAAUGCUGUGGUGGCUAGCUCUGGCCCAGAGGUGGCCCGGGUGAUUAGAUUGAUGCUUCCUGACGUCAGAUGAGAUCCGUUAAAAGGUAUUUAUCUCAGGAUUGGGCCAAAGCUGCAGGAGAGAUUAAAAGAGAUUGAGGCCAAGAUAAUCCCCCGCAGCAGCAUCCCGCAAAAGCAGCUGCCAAAAGGCCUUCAAGCAAAUGCUUUUGCCAGCCCACCCAAUACCAUUCCCCAUCCCACCUCUGCAUCCCCCUGGGGCCAUGAUCCCAGCCCUGCCCCCAUACACGAGGGUUUCUAUCUGGGGGUGGCCAGGAUACCACAAGGGGCACAGGCCUUUCUUCCCCUGCCUGUCGGGUUACGACCUGAGCCCUAUCCCGAUGAGGGUCUUUUUCUCAGGAGAGUGUUGGGAUUCAGUGUCUGGCACAUCCCCCUCGCCCCCCCAUUUUAUGAUCCUAGCUCUUUCUGCCUAAUCUUCAUCUGAUUACUUUGUUACUAACAAAGUGAGUCAAAUCUUUAUGCUGUGUUUUUCCCUUCAGAAGCAGCGCACACUCUCCUGUCCCUCCAUCCCCUCCCAUACCACCUGCUUUGCAUUAAGUCCCAAUCCGAUUUCCCCAACUCUCUGGUGUCUGAUUUAAUUUGCCUGACGCUGCUCCUAGAAUCAGCCCUCCCCAACCCACCUCUCCCCCCACCCCCCGACACAGCCUCCCAGCUCCCCAUGGGGAGAUCAGUCUUGGGAGAGACUGACACACCAAGAGUGAGAGAGGGACACAGUGUGUGCAUAGCUGGCGCCAAGACGGGAAGGACUGCGUGACCAGGGGCUCCCAUCCUGACGGGGGACUAAAUCCCCAGGGGACCAAGGGAGUGCCAACCAGGAGGGGACAGCAGUCACCUCUCCCCACAGACCACGGUAAGGACAUUCCUUUGCUGCUGCUUGCCCUAUGCCUACCUCCCUCUCCUUGGCAUUUGGGGCGUUCUGUAUGCCCAAGUGGGUCCUAGAUGCCUUAUCUGACCCUCUCUGCAGGUCUGGGGGGGCCCUGGGUGUGGGUCUCACUUUGUACAUAGAUGUGUAGACCGUGGAAGGGGAUAUUUCUAUAGGAGAAAGGUUAGGGUUAAAAUCAACUUGUCUCUAUUGCACAUGGGAUGCAGACACCCUUUCCCAGCAGGACAAAAUCACAGCAGUUUCCAGCAUGUCACAGGGGUGUAUAACCCCCCUUGUAGGGAACUGGAAGUCAGACUCUCCAAUAGGACCCCACACACUCAUUGUGCUCCCCACCCGGCUCUUUGCAACAAGCUCCUAUCCCAUUUGAAGAAAAAGAGCGAGAUCAGGGUAAUUUUAUCCUUGCCCUUUGAUCUCCGUAGCAGAGGAAGAGGAUCAUCUCUCUAUCCAGCUCUGAAGAUGCUCAGGGUUACCGGGGCAAGUACACAGCACCUGCCUAGGGAUUACACAGGGACCAUGACAUCCCUUGUUAAUCCUCAGCCCUUCCGUGCCUUUCGCUUUUCUAUUUAAGGCUCCCCAGCCCCAGCUGAGCUGCAGCCCCCUUUCCAAGAUGGGUGAGGCCACAUGGGCUGAUAUAAACCAGAGGGUUCAACCCCCACCCUCGCAGACACCCCUGCCCAACGAUUUUCUUCAUUUCUCAUUCAAACAGGAUGAGGUGAUGUGGGUGAUGCCCUAGGCGUUCUUACCUCUCGGAGUGGUACUGGGGGGCUGUGCUGCAGGGCUGGGGGGCGCUCUCCACUCAGCCAUUACAGUUGGUUUAUGAUAUGUUUAAUACGCCUGUUCCAGUGGCACCCAGAUACCCAGUCAGUGGUGCUAAGUGGUGUACUAACGCAUACAAAGACACAGGCCCUGGCCAGAAGAGCUUACAGGCCAGGAACAUGAGUGAUACAUGAAGGAGGCAGGGCAUGAAGAUAAUUGAAUAGACCCAUUUUUUAUAAACAAAGAUACAUUUGCUUAGUUUAUUAUAAAUAGGUCAAAUGCCUGCUGGGAUUUGACUGUUUGCUUAUAGCAGAGGAAGAUCAGUUGGAGGCAAAGGUGCUGGAACUAGGGGUGCUGCUGCAGCCCCUGGCUUGAAGUGGUUCCCAUCAUGUACAGGAUCUACAGUUGGUUCAAGGCUUUCAGCACCCCCACUAUGCAAAUUGUUCCAGCACCCCUAGCUGGAGGCUUUUUAUGGCUAAGGAGCAGCCUGGGAAGAGGCACAGGAAAGUUUGUUGAUUUCAUUGGAGCCGCAGGGGUGAGGAGGGGAAACAUGACAAGAGCUGUUAAACCAGGAAGAGCAGAGCUGUGGAGAAGACAAGAAACUUGAGUAUAAUGAGGGAAGCCAACGGAGGGAUUCAGCGAAGGGGGCAGACUAGCUCCAAUACCCCAGCAUGUUGCUAGGGGUGCUGUGCUGCAGUGGCCUGGGUGACUCAGUAGGGGGCAUCAUCUCCCCCAAAUCACUCCUGACCCCGAUGCCCUAGCACAGUGGUAGGGGUUGCUGUGCUGUUCAAGGUAUUAGCUUCCAGCUGAGUCAUUAAUCAAUAGACUGACCUAUAUUGUCAAAAGGUACUAGUGGCUUGGGGUUCCUCAGUUUUUGUGAACCCACCUUGAAACACCUUAAAGGGGCUUGACUUUUGGAAAGUGAUGAGCACCUGCCUUCUGAAAACCAGGUCCUUUUAAGGUAUCUGAGGUUGAGCACCCAAAAAUGGAGGUACCCAGAAUCACUAGCUGCUUCUGAGAAUAUAGGCCCUUCAUCUAUGCUAGGUUUGAUAUAUCCAUGGGUAUUUCCCCCAAAGUCAGGGUGUUAACUCCCAUGUCCUGGGCCAAUCUCCAGCUUGGGCAGGGGUUCUCAAACUGGGGAGGUUAUUACGUGGGGAUCAGGAGCUGUCCGCCUCCAUCCCAAACCCUGCUUCACCUCCAGCAUUUAUAAUACUGUUAAAAAUAAAAAAAUAAAAUAAUUUAUAAGGGGGGGAAUCCCACUCAGAGGCUUGCUGUGUGAAAGGGGAUCACCAGUACAAAAGUUUGAGAACCACUGAGCUUGGGGUAGUUCCAUUCUGCUUCCUUUAGUUUUCUUUGCUGAUUCAAUUCUGAGACUGGAUUCUCCUCCACUUCCUGUCCUACAUUUUCAUGCAGUACCACUCUUAAGCACCUGCCAUGUCCUUCCCCAGAGGCAGCUGCAUUUUAGAGCUGGGAGGUGACUCACUCUCUGCAAAUCACUUUGGGAUGAGGCACAGUGGAUGCUAUGGGGAAGGUAGACUUAUUCUUAUCUCUCAGCUGUGGCUCCUUGUCCGUCUGAGGCUGGAAACAAUUCCCAAACUUCAUUUAGAUUGUUUCCUCAAAGGGAUUUAAGGGUUCUGAUGGAGACCUGAGGCUGAGACAUAGCUUCUCUCACUCCCUCUAUAUUUAGCUUUUCUAUCCCUCCUUAACAGUGUGCCUCUAUCCUUUUGAUCCUCCUACCAGCUCUGUAAACCCCUCAUCUUCUGCAACUUCAUUCCAUGUAGCAGCUUCCUACAACUCUGGCCCCCCAAACCAAUUCCAGAGUUUAAAAACACAGCCAAGGAGAGGGAGAAAGAACUGAAUAGGCCAAGAGAGGAAAGGCAUGUGUGGGUGAGUCUGGAAAUGGGAUGGAUAGUGGGUAAGGUGGAGGAUCCAAGAAGGCUGCUCCAAAUGUGGCAGGAGCUGCAAAGUAGCAGGAUGUUCUCAGCCCCACAUGGUGGAAAGGGGGGAGAGAGAAGUCCGUGAAGUCAACUUAAGCAAGCUUCUGGAGGGGUGUCACAGCCAAACAGCUGUAGGGAGGCUGGAUGCGAGGAAGCUGCAAUUGUCCAGGCCAGAGGAGAUGGAGCCUGAGAUGAGGAUUUCAGAAGAGGGGCCUGGAUUUCAGGAGCAGAGGCUGGAGGAGAUGAGCCAGAGAGAAACACACUGCAAGAUGGUAGGUGCAGCUUGAGGACUACCCAGAGGUGACAGUGAGGAGGUACCAAGAACUAAUGGCAGGAGUGUAGCACAGGGUCCAUGCAAGGUGAGAGGGAAAUGAUCUGGUUUGAUGUGAGUGGAGGCAGCUGAACAGAGCUGGGCACAGUCUCCAGUACAUUGCUGAUGCACGGGAGGGUGGAUGCAGGGUGAAGAACAGAGUCCAGAAAGAUUACCUCCGAUGCCUGAAAGGUAAUUGAUUCCUGAUUAUGGGGGACUCUAUUGUUCUUCAGCAGUCUGGCCUGAGGAUUUGCAGGGCUGGGGAUGGCAGUAUGGGAUACACCCUGAACUUAAGUAUCAGGAGGUAGCCGUGUUAGUCUGUAUCCACAAAAACAACAAGGAGUCCGGUGGCACCUUAAAGACUAACAGAUUUAUUUGGGCAUAAGCUUUUGUGGGUAAAAAACCCAUUUCUUCAGAAUUUAAUGGACUAUAAAAAGUGUGUCUGGUAGUAUUGCCAACUCUCAUGAUUUUGUCACAUCUCAUGAUAUUUUAUGUUUUUCCUAAUGCCUCUGCUCCUGAUUCUGUAACUACCUGAGAAUCUCAGCUUUCAUUUUAAAAAGAUACAGCUCUAGCCCUCGCUGCUGGGGAAAAGAGCUGGGAAACGGGACUUAAGUGCAUCCAGAAGGCCCAGAAACCAGACAGCAAAGAAACAAGGAGGCACAUAUAUUUUUGGUUUAAAUCUCAUGAUCUUGGGGCCUGACUCAUGAUUUUUGAACUAGUGGGGCUGGGGCUGGGAGGGAUCUUUAGGUCCUGUCUCCACUCAGUCAGCUGCUUCAGGAGAACAGGAACAUGUUGCCAACUUUUACUAGAGGAACAAUUCUCCAAGCAGGCUGGGAGCUGGGGGGAAGCAGCCAGUCCUCCCUGUGAAUUCUGGGGGAUUGUAGUGCCUCACUUACCAAACAUCAGCUGGUUGUCUCAGCCCCACCACGUGGUGGGUCAUGCUUAUUAACCCCAUUUCAUAACUGGGGGACCUGGGGUACAGCCACAGAGGAAGCUGGGAUCAGUGUUGAGAUUAUUGAUUUGCUGGCCAUACUCCACUUAGUUCACUAGAAUAUACUGCCUCUAAUGCUACUGAGCUGCCCCUCUGGGUGGCCACAGGUGACCCUGACCACUCAGCCACAGGCAACUAGCAGAGAGGAGCCUUGGCUCACCCCUACAAGCAUCAGGGCCAGCCCAAGGGUCACUGACUCUCACAAAUGCAGCCAUGGGCCAUCCCAAAAAUCCAAGGGCUUGUGACCUUGGCUUUCCUGGACUCCAGAGGCUGCCCUGGGGAAGCUUUAGGGAAAUCCAGGAACAACUCCCCUGUCAAUCCUUGUAUUGCAUUUGUAAGUCUCUUUGCAAGAAAAAGAGCAAGAAACCAACUUGUGUGUAAUGAAAGCUGAGAUUCUGCAUUGCAUCUCAAGGCACCCCCGAACAGGGCUUUGAGAACCUUGAAGUGUGGCUCAGGUUGGGGGGACUCAAGGAACAGCCACAGAAACGCUCAAGGGGUGGUGGAGUUGAGUUCUGGGGAGAGAGUCAAAGAGCUAAAUCCAGCUGGCUUGGCAAAGCCAGGAAUAAAAGGAGAGACUUGAGAAUUGUCUGCAUGUGCCUGAGCAGGAGCAACCAUAAGGAAGGGGCUGAGACUGAGCCAAGGGAAAGGAGUUCAGGAGCUAUCUCCCCAGUGCUGAGGGGUCCGUGAGCCCAGGGAGCUGUCUCCCCAAGGGCAGGGAAACUGGGAUCUAGGGAUGAAUAGAGCACAGACUGUGGAAAGAAAGGAUUCCCUCAAACAGGGCUAAGGCAACCCCUGCCUACCUGGUGGGAAUGGCCAAAGUAACCCCUCAGGUGCUGGAAGAAAUCCUGCAUGUACAGCCCAUCGUGUUUCCUCGCCUGGGAAGCUGUGGUCCUGGCAAAGGGUCUGUCACUAACCUCGGGGCUGGCUGGGCCUAAGGAAACUCCAAACCUGGGAGCUGAUCUCUGCCGACAAACAGGUGAGAUGCAAAUCACAUGGGGCCCAUCUGGGAAUCUAACACCAUCACCGGGGAAAUGUUGAACUAACAAAGAGCAGGUGUGUGGGAGACAGGAUGGGGUCUGCAGCCUGGGGGAGGAGCUAGAGUCACUGGGGAAAACUGGACAUUUUAAGUAGAUUUCAGAGAGCUGUGUAGCUGACUCCCUCUCCGCUCCGAGUUAGCACAGGUCGCAGUGUUGUGUGAUGCUAGAAAUGUUUUUAGGGAAAAUAUGAAACUAGAGUCCUGAUUGCCUGAGAUUUGUCACUCUCCCCAUGAGUUGCGCAAUGAACUGCAUUUUCUUGGCCAAACCUCAACUGAGAUGAGUCCAUUCCUCCUUCCUAUAGUCCUCACACAGGUUCAACCAGAUACAGCACUCCACUUCCUGUCCCAAAGUGCCCUGUAAUGCAGCUGUUAAAUGGCUGCCAAGUCCCACCCCAGAGAAUGCUGCAUCUCAGCAGGUGGGUAAAGUGUUCCAUGUGCACAUGGAGUGUGUAAAGCCCUUUGGGAUGCUGAGCAAUGGGAGGUGUGAGGGAAAGGUGAGACCUUCUAACUAGUGGCCUCUGACAACCACUCCCAUUUUGGUCUCUCCAGGACUCAGGCUAUCCCGGGUGGAGGACCCAUUACUAGCGGAUUGAGAUGGGUGAAAUGGAACAGAUGAGGCAGGAGGCCGAGCAGCUGAAGAAGCAGAUUGCGUGCCCAGGAGCCCUAGCCACGGCCCAGGAGCCUGUUGCACUGGGUGCUGUACAAACAGAACAAAAUGACGUUCCCUGGCCCACGGAGCUUACAAUGGAAGUAAAUCUAAAGAGGUUUUCAAAUCCUGUACCUGAGUCUCUCUUGCCCUUGCCUCCCGUCUCUCAUGCUUGCUCUGUCUCUUGCCAUUCCCUCUCUUCCUGCAGGAUGCACGGAAAGCCUGUGCUGACACUACACUUGCUCAGAUUGUGUCCGGGGUGGAGGUAGUUGGACGCAUUCAGAUGCGUACGCGGAGGACCCUGCGUGGGCACCUGGCCAAGAUAUAUGCAAUGCACUGGUGCACGGACUCCAAACUCCUGGUCAGUGCCUCCCAAGAUGGGAAACUGAUCGUGUGGGACACUUACACAACCAAUAAGGUUCAUGCCAUCCCUCUCCGCUCGUCCUGGGUCAUGACCUGUGCCUAUGCACCCUCAGGGAAUUUUGUGGCCUGUGGGGGUCUCGACAACAUGUGCUCUAUCUACAAUCUCAAGACUCGUGAAGGGAACGUCAAAGUGAGCAGGGAGCUCUCGGCCCACACAGGUUACCUCUCCUGCUGCCGAUUCCUGGAUGACAAUAAUAUCGUGACGAGCUCCGGAGACACCACGUGCGCACUCUGGGAUAUUGAAACAGGACAGCAGAAGACUGUGUUCAUGGGUCACACUGGAGACUGCAUGAGCCUGGCCGUCUCCCCAGACUUCAAACUCUUUAUCUCCGGGGCCUGCGAUGCCACUGCCAAGCUGUGGGAUGUACGGGAGGGAACCUGCCGUCAGACAUUCACAGGGCAUGAGUCAGACAUCAAUGCCAUCUGUUUCUUCCCCAAUGGUGAAGCCAUCUGCACAGGUUCAGAUGAUGCCACCUGCCGCCUCUUUGACCUGCGGGCAGACCAGGAGCUCAUCGUCUAUUCCCAUGAGAGCAUCAUCUGUGGAAUCACCUCAGUCGCCUUCUCCCGUAGCGGGCGUCUCAUGAUGGCUGGAUAUGAUGACUUCAACUGCAACAUCUGGGACUCCCUGAAGGGGGAGCGUGUGGGGAUCCUCUCCGGUCAUGACAACAGGGUGAGCUGUCUAGGGGUGACAGCAGAUGGCAUGGCCGUGGCUACUGGCUCCUGGGACAGCUUCCUCAAGAUUUGGAACUGAAGAGGAUGAUCGGGAGAGGGAGAUUAUUGGGAGGUGUUUACAACAAACACAGUCAGUUGAGCACAAUUGGUAUUUCUACCUGUUAGUCACAGGCAUGUCUCUCUCUCUGAGGGAAAGGAGCCCUCCAUUAGCUGUUCCCCCCA